GCGAUCUGGGCGCUCGUUGUCCUCGUUGCGGCAGCGGUCAGCAACACGAGUAGCAAGUGGGUAAAAAAUAGCACGCACCGAGGCGGCAGCGGCGUCGAAGAAAAGUACCGCGCAGGUUUCGUCAACUCCUUUUUCCUUUGCCGUCAGUGACGUAAAGGUAUUGCGAGUAUGGCACGCGGACAGCAGAAAAUUCAGUCUCAGCAGAAGGCGCAGAAGAAGCAGGAGCAGCUGAAGAAGCAGCAGAAUCGUGACCAGAAGGGGGCUGCUGCCAAGGCUCUAACCCACACAUGCACUGUGUGCAAGGCUCAGAUGCCAGAUCCGAAAACGUACAAGCAGCACUUCGAAAACAAGCAUCCCAAAAAUGACUUGCCGGAGGACCUGUUGGGCGUCUGAAAUACUCAGGGUUUCUCCCUGAACCAGCCAUGGCAGUGGCAGCCUGAAGGUGUGUGUGUGUGCCGAAACUGCCUUUUUGGACUCUCUGCUGCUUUUUUACACAUCAACUAUCUCACCCCCCUUGUACAGCCUUAUCUCCCGCCCCGAAGGAAAAAAAAAAGUUUCUGAAUUGAAAAAGAAAGAAGGGGGCCAGAUGCCAUUUCGAAGGCAGCCUGGCUUUUCAUUGCUUUUUUUGGAUAAUCAGGUGUGAUAAAGAUUUUGCUACUCAACCCA